AUGCGUUUCGCUGCCAUUUCCACCGCUCUUCUGGCCCUCGCACAGCAAGCCUGUGCUUUGCCUCUUGAAGUAGAGGAGAACUCUGCGCUCGAUAUUACCUUGAGCCAUGUCAGCGAUACCCGUAUCAAGGCUGUCGUGAAGAACUCUGGUAGCGAGGAUGUCACUUUCGUGCAUCUCAACUUUUUCCGUGACAGUGCUCCCGUAAAAAAGGUUGACGUUUUCAAGAACGAUGCCGAGGUUACCUUUGAAGGUAUCAAGCGCCGUUUCAGACUUCAGGGUCUCACCUCUGAGGCCCUUACCUCGCUUGCUGCAGGCGAGACUUUCGAAGAUGAAUUCGACAUUGCCACCACCAGUGACUUGUCUGGCGGAGGUGCUCUGACUCUUCGUUCAAGCGGCCUGGUGCCUAUUGUUACCGACGGUGCAGUCACAGGCUAUCUGCCAUACCGAUCCAACGAUCUCAAGAUUGAGGUCGAUGGUGCUAAGGCAUCCCGUGUGCUGAAGGCAAUCAAGCCUCUUGAUCGCCGCACGGUCGAGACUUGCAGUGACUCGAGCAAGAAAACGGCACUUGACAAGGCCCUCAAGAACACUGUGAGUCUUGCAAAUGCUGCCGCACAGGCCGCUCUGUCUGGUUCUUCUACCAAAUUCAAUGAGUACUUCAAGACCACCAGCACCGCUACUCGUCAGGUCGUUGCCGCUCGCCUUAAAGCCGUUGCAAAGGAGGCCUCCUCAACCACCUCUGGCUCCACCAAGCACUACUGCACCGACGUCUACGGAUAUUGCGAGACCAAUGUCCUAGCCUACACUCUGCCAUCCUUGAACGUGAUUGCCAACUGUGACAUCUACUACUCUUACCUUCCAGCCUUGGCCAGCACAUGCCACAGCCAAGAUCAGGCCACCACUACCCUUCACGAAUUGACUCACGCCCCUGGAGUUUACAGCCCAGGAACCGAGGAUAACGGAUACGGAUAUUCCGCGGCUACCGCCCUUACUAGCGCUAAGGCCGUGUUGAACGCCGACUCGUACGCUUUGUACGCGAACGCAAUCUACCUUGGUUGCUAA